AUGAACCUCGAGGAGCUUCUGAUGAUGGAGUCGAGCUGCGACCGCGAGGAGAUCGUUGACCUGCGUGCUCUGGAGUAUGUCUCGAAUUAUGACGACCAUCUUAUGUGUGCGAUAUGCCACUGUCCAUUUAUUCGACCGGUCCGCUUGCAGUGCGACCAUGUUUUCUGUCAAAAAUGCCUGAAUUCCGCUAUUACCACGUUUGCCGCUGGUCGAGAUGAUUUCACAUGUCCGAGCUGCCGCACGCCGACCCUAGAUGUCUACCUCAAUGUACCUCGACUGUUGAUAAAUAUGUGCGACGACGUACGAGUAAAGUGCCCAUUUUCGAGCGAGGGUUGCAAGGAAAUUGUACCGAGAGGUCAUGUUCAGGCUCAUGUCGAUAAAUAUUGUGGGUAUAGGCUCAUGGAUUGCCCGGGGACACUUUGCGACAAGAAGACCAGGAAGAAGGAUCUCAGUCCCGAUAAAAAAUGCAUGCAUGAGCUGCACCAGUGCUCUCGUUGUGAGGAGGAGGUGAUGGAGCAGGAUUACGAGGUUCGUGCUAUGCCCCGACGAUCGUCUUAUAUUGUAGUUAACCGUGUUUCUUUUCCGGAAUUAUGCCCCAGCUUGAGAACAACCUGUCCCGACUGCCAAACAACAGUCUUUCGAAAAGUGUUGAGGGAUCAUAUUGAAACCUGCCCGGAGGCAAUACAUGCAUGUGCCGCAUCCAAAUAUGGAUGCCCCGUUAAAGUCAAGCGGGCCGACUUGUCGACACAUGAACAAACUUGUCCACUCAUCGCUAUGGGCCCUUAUUUCGAAGCUCAGAAUGCCCGGCUUGACUCUCUGGAAUUGACCAUCCGCCAUCUUCAGCAGCGAAAUGAGAUCUUUGAGGACGGGAUAGCCAACAUUCGCUCUACUCUACUAGAUGCUUCGCAUGCCCUUCCUGGACAGAACACAGAAACACGAUUAAGCUCUUCGGGGCAGUCAGGGUCAUCAAGCCCUCCGCACCUAUCGAGUAAUCCCUCACACGCUGAUCACUCUAGUGCAAUAUCUUCUAAUGCCGCCACUACGACAUAUCUGCUCGCCCUACACGAGUCUCUUCGAGAAGAAGUUGGUCAGCUUUCACAUGCAAUCACCGAUUUAGACGCUCGCGCCAGCAUGGCCAUCAUGAAUGAGUGUCUCCGUAUCAAGGAAGACAUGGCUCACACAAAUGCUGCUGUCAGCAGUAUUCGCAUGCAGAUCCAGUGGCUGAUGAAUCCUCGCCUACACCAGGGCCAACGAGCUGUUGGUAUGCGCGGAAAUAAUGGCAGCAGUAGCAAUGAUGAGAGCAGGGCUGGCCAGCUAGGAUCGUCUACGCCUGGUCCAUCCUCAGGGUUGCUCAGACCCCGGAGACCGAGCGAUAGCGGACGGGAGGGUACCAAACUAUGA